GCUAUCAUAUUGCAAAAUAGGUGUCAGUAAAUAUGUAUUAGUUAUUAUAUGUGUAGGACAAAAAUUAGUAAAUUUACCUGUUUUUAAAACCUUUAAAAAGUCAACUGACUGACAGUAGUCACAUGGGUAAAUUGUAUCUACGAAUAGCUACUCCAAGCAGAAGAAAGAGGCUCUUGACAGGUAAGGUUGUUUGUACUAUACGUAAAUUAUACUAAACCAUAAAAACAUAAGGUAGAAAAAUAAUUAAGGUAGAUUAAGUUGUUUUUACUUUUUGACUAUUUCACUUUUUCCAUCAACACGAACACAAUUUUUAUACCUUAACUCUUUAAAAAAAAUCAUCCCUAUACCAAAUCAUGAUAAAAAAUAGACAAAAUAUGGAUGUUAUUUAUUUUAAGGAUACUGUAAUGCACGUUUCUCACUAGGCGCUAAAGCUUUGUUUUCACUUAGCGGUAACUAGCUCUAAUGAGUGGUAAUGAAAUCCGCGGUAACUUUUUUUAUAAAUAAAAAGUGCUUGUUAGCAAGUUAUUGCUUUCUAGCGGUAAUAUUUUCAUGAUUGGUAACUUUUUAUUCAAAAUGGAAUGAAAUGUUGUUAUCUGUUGAAAAGUGUAAGUAUGAAAAAGAGAUUAGACCAACUAUUAGACCAAUGAAAAAAACUUACUUAUAAUAAAACUUACUUGUAAAAAUACUCUUUAUCACCAAGUUGUAAUUCACGAAGAAGAUUUAAAAAAAUUAGCUACUUGUUCUUUUUUUGUAAAUGUCACAGACCCAAAAUCGAUGAUUUCUCUUCUUCUUCUUUUUUCAAUCAUCAUUCAUAAUCAAAAACUUGGGUUUGCUUUUAUUAUGAACAACUUCUCCUACUCUAAAGAAUCUAUUCUAAACUGAGAGAUAAUUUUUAUGAUUUAUAUUUUUAUUUCUCAAGUGGAAACAUAAAACGUUACCGCUAGUUAAGGCUAGCUAAAAUGAUACUGCUCAUUACCGCUAGUUACCGUGAAUCGGAAACCAAGCUUAAUUAACGCUUACUAGGCCCUAACUAACGAUAAACUAUUUACUAGAUAACAGAGCUAGUAUUGGUAAGGAGACGUAAGUGAUUGACUAUCUUUGUCCCUUUUGGAGAUUUUUGACGGCACUAUCGCUGAUGUAUCUCUGUUAUAUAACGAUACAAAAAUGUAAACCAAAUCAUAUAUACGAUCAUAUUAAGCAAUAUCUCUGAAUGUAGAGCAAAUAUUUUAGUUCAUUAAUACAGUCUAUAUUUUUAUAAAAGGACAAAUAUAUCCCUUUUUUAUAAUGCGAUAGCGUGUUUGAAAUAAAAUGAAACUGGUGCACUGUAUAAGGAAAUCAUGCUGAACAAUUCGUGAUCUGGCGUACUUUUCUUGCGUAGGUAGACAAUAAAAACAAAGAUUAUCACUAUGGCACUGCAUAAUUUCGUAUCUACAAUAUUUUAAUCCUGUUUUUUGUCUUAAUAAUCUCAGGUAGUUUAUACUACUUAUUUAAUAUAAUAUCACUUUAGAUAACUUUGCAAAAUUAGCGAUUUGUUUCAUACUUUGGAUUAUGAUGAAGGAGGAUUAUCACUAUGGCACUACGUAUCUUCAUUGCUACAAUAUUAUAAUCCUAUUUUUUGUCUUACAAUCUCACGUAGGCUUCCACUACUUAUGUAUUGACUUAUAGAAAAAGAGCUUAUAUGAAAUAAUCUUUUAGAAUAAAUGAAGGUCAAAAAUUCUUUAUUUUAUUGGACGACCAUCAAAAUCCUUUAAAUAAUGUGUACUAACUAUACUAUGAAAAUCAUCCUUAUAUGCUAUCAGUAUGCAUUUUAGUAAUUGCUAUUCUAGUAUUAGAAAUCACUUUACACAUGCCUAAUGCCGUCACACAUGGUUAUUUUUCUAGUUUUGUAAUAAAUUUAAAUUUUUCAAGCAUUACUGCGGAUAGGGCGUCAAUUCUUGGUAGAUUUAUUCACUGGGUAGAAAGAUUUAUAUUUUGUAUAUAAAAAAAAAAUUUAAUCACUUCAUUGGGAUUGAAAAUGACGUCAUAUUUGUAAGGAAGUUUCUUACUGUAUCGAUAAAACAAAAAAUCUGAUUUCCUGAAAUAUCCAUUUUAAGUCAUUAAACUUUGCACAAGGUUAGAAUUUAUAAAUGUUUGAGGUAAGGAAAACAAUAUUGAGAUUAGAAAUGACAAUAUUUUAGUGAAACGAUAUUCCCUUUAAAUCUGUUCUGUAUUUUAUCCUUGUGACCCAUAUAUCUUCUUGGCAACACCUUAGUAACCACCUAGUGAUGGACAUACAUGUAAUGAAUAAUAAAUUUAACUAAUACAAAAUCGUACAACACUCAUACAUGCAAGUCAGCACAUUAUAAAAUUUACAAAAAAUUAUACUUGUCCCAAAAUUUUGAUACCCCGCGAAAAGUAUGAAGAUUAUUCAAAUAGAAUUUUUUUUUCAUUACAAGUCCCAAUAAAGGUUAGAAAAAGUCACAAAAUUUCAGCACAUAAUCACAUGCCAACAAAACUUAUGCCCAGUCCAAGAGGCCGUCAGCAUAUUGUACCCCACUCCCCUUCCCCUUUCCUCCUCUCCUUAAUGUGUACCAACGCAAUAUGUCUGCAACAAUGUAAUUACGAUAAACAGUGUAAAAACGAAGUAAUCUGUGACAAAAUGUGAACGCAUUUCAGCACAUAUUUUAUAACAUAUAUUGUUCUUAGAUAAGCAAAGAGAAAAACAAAAUGGCCACCAAAGCAAAUUGGGAUAUUAUGAUAUCCUACCAUCAUGCGUCUGGCAUGGAGUACAUGAAAAGGAUUAAAGAGUCAUUAUUAAAACAGGAUUACUCUGUUUGGACAGAUGAGGAUCAAGUGUAUGGAGAUAUAGGUGAACGGAUGGCCGAAGGCGUUGCAAGAUCAAAGUUGAUCAUUCUUCUACUUUCAAAGGGAUAUGAAGAAUCUAAAAACUGUCAGAAAGAAUACAAUUUAGCCUGUGCACAACACAAGAAAAUUAUCUGUGUAAUAGUUGAGAAAGAUUAUAAACCUCCAGCAGACCAUGUGCUCAGUUUGAUCCUGGGCAAUAACAUGUACUACCAAUUAUACAGAGGUGAUGAAACAACUUUUCAAAAUCUAUUAAAAGACAUCUCACAACAGCUAUUAGGAGAAGCUCCAGUAAAGACUGAGCCCAUGUUAAAUUUUUGGAUGUAUAAAGACAAAGAAGAAAAUAUCAUUGUUAAGUUUCAUAAUAAAAACUUAAAAACCGUUCAGAAAAUUACUAUACAACAGGACGGUAGUGAUACCAAGGUAAAACUGAAAGAAUCAUCGGACUUUUAUGAAGAAAUGAGAGACAAUAAGCUUGUGUUAACAAUAUAUAAGACAGCUACCCGGUACAUCCUAAAACUUGUCAUAUCGUUGCUGGACAUUGAUGGAAAUAAAGAGAUUUUUGAAGUACACAAUGUCAACAUCGCCUGCGCUCACAAGUAUUACAACAAAGAAAGUAACUUUUCUCUCGAUACACAUAAUAGUGAAAAAAUUGCAGCACAUAUCGAGUCAAUUACCAGCACCCCUCUUAAUAAACCUAACAUUCAGCUGUUCUGUUGUGGAGAAGUACAAAAAAAAAGUAGAAGCGAAUACUUAAGAUUUUCAAGAGAUUAUGUUAAUGAAAACUGCACAUCCAACAAUGCCUUUCUAAAAGAAGCUGUCCAAUUUCCACCACCAAUGGUUAAUGAAGAGAUUUCCAGCUUUGCAUUUCGACUAAAGUCAAUUCUCAGCGAAAUUGGGCACGUGUUUGUGAUUUUCACACAUUACAAUACCAUGGACAAUCUAAGACUUCUAAAUUUAAAUACUUAUUGUGAUCGUGUUACAGAUUAUAAACACAGACUUCUGCUGCUCCAUCCAUCUCAAAAUACCUUCGUCAACAUAAGAUACACUAAAACUACUAGUGCGUCAACCAUUGAGGAAGAAUUUCGAAAUGGUGAGGUAGAUAUCAAACAUUUGUUUGCAAUCAAUCAACAAUUUAUCUUGAAUAGUACCUCCAGAUUUAUAAAUGUUGUUGCUGCACCAAAUUUCCAAACGUUAGAGAACAUCGACGUUUGUGCAAGCUGUCAAUUGUUAGAUGAGCCUAUUUUCUCGGAUGACACGAAGGUUCAAAAUUUCCUUCUAUCUCUGGGAUUAACAAGAAAAGAUCUUGAUCACAAAAGCAAAGAGCAGUACAUGAACAUAUUGGGUCAAGCAAUGUGUUUCAUGGCAAGUAGGGAAACUAUGAACACUGUUCCAACAAUUAAAGAUGAUAUCCAUGGGAAAAUAUGCACUGUUCUAUUGUCAUCUGAUCAGUCAAAUAUUUUGUUUAACCAAUCUAAAAAGAAAAUUAUUGUUGGACCAUUAGGAAGUGGUAAAUCGGUUCUUGCUUUAUCUCAUCUAAAACAACUUUACGAAUGUUGUGAAGGAAAAUGCACAAUAUACUAUGUCAUGUGGAGUGACAAAACGAUACUGCUGAAAGGUAUUGAAAAAUUCGUCUCAAAAUUUCAAUGCAACAAAAAUAUCACUUUGAAAGUAAAGAAUGCAAUUGAAUUAGCAAAAGAGCUCAAUCUCUUUAAACUUCCAACCUUAUCCCAAUUAUUACUGUUGUUGUUAAAGAAACACAGUGGUAUGUCAUUUCAUUUUAUUAGUGACGAAGUUGAUGGAGCGAUGUUUGACAAUCAAGAAGCUUUAUCGCUGAAGCAGAUUUUGGAGAGGGAAGAGGCUUUAAAGAAUUCCAUGAUUGUGUUGUUUCUGCAAUCUUUGGAAAAGCACAGGAUAUUGGUUUCAUCUGGAGAAUCAAAAAGCCAUGAUAAAUACAAGUACGAAGAAGCUGGUAUGCGUGUGUUUUACCUCAAUAAAUCAAUGCGAACAACGAAGAAAAAUUUUAACUUCUUGGUACAACUUGAGAAGAAAAUUUCCGGGAUUGAAUCAGUUAUCAAACAUCCUGUUCAGGACAAAAAUCAUGAAAUAUCAUCAGCAAAAUCUGGAACGACCAGCUCUACCAUUCAACAAAAUUCAAAGCAGCGUAAAGUCUUAGAAAUAAAGAAUUCACAAGUAGAAUCAGCCGAAGAAAGUAAAAAGAUUUUUGAAGAACCAGUGGAUAUAGAGGAAAUUGCAGCUGCCUCAAAUUAUCCAGAUGUUUCUGAAGAUAUCAAAACACUAACCAAAGUGAAAUGCAACUCUGCGCAAGAAGUUGGACAUAACAUUGAAGGUACAAAGCCAAUACUGAUACAUCUUAAUUAUGAAAAUGAAACAGAAGAGCAAAGUAUUGUCAUGUUAGCUCUCUCGUUGGAAUACUAUCUAGAUCGUGUUAAUAUUAAACGUUUAUUUUUUCAUAACACUGUGGAACAAAUGAUCACGUUUCGAAGGGUUCUGGAUUUAAUCAGAAGGGAUUAUUUUGUUUAUAACAAACAAACUGAAUGGAGUGUCAUCGACCGCUGCAAUAAAGUGUGUGAUCUUCCUGCAGACGUGGGUUAUAAUAUAAUAACCGACGUACACGGUAGUAGAGGAACAGACUUUUGUGAAACCGUAUGUGCUAUUGACGUAAAUGACACUAUGUUGCGACACAAGACGUUAGAAGGCAUGUCCAGAGUAACUGAUCGCCUGAUAAUUGUUUGCGCGUGUAACAUACAGUCUGCUACUACAAAUUCAUCAACUGGACAUAUCAUUAAAGAUCUGUUACCGGAGUACCUAAAUGAGGUUUCUGUUGAAUGCGCAAAAAAUUCAAAUAAAGACUUACAUUACAUUGAAAUGCAAGUCAGUGACAAAAAAUCGAUAGGUUUUGUGAAUACAAAUUCGCGCAGAUACAAAAAUCUGAUGGAACGGAUAAAUCAAAUUAAAUAUGAAAAGGAUGAAUCAGAUGUGCAUGAUUUCGCGCGAGUUAUACGUAAAAAUUUCCAGCCUCCAACAAUCAACGUGAGCUGCAAUUUUUCAAACGACAGUUCCUGUACAAUUAAUUGGAAUGAGGAAGGAUAUCGUUACGUAAUUGAAAUGGAAAACGACAGAUCACAAUGGCAGAACGUAGAGCAUGUCAUCACGUUUGGUGGAUGUGUUAUCAACAAUUUAGUUAUUGGAAAUAAAUACAAGUUUCGUGUUUUGGCUAGUAACGACUCUGGUCAAGCUCAAAGUGUUGUAUCGUAUCGACAUGUAAGUAAUCCUCCAUCAAGUUGUGCAGAUAUGUCUGUCACUUUUGAAGAUAUCGUAGUUAUUAUUAAAUUUAACGAUAUCGAGAAACUGAAAAAAAUACUAUCCAUUCAUCCAAACAUCGUUCACAUGAGAGGUGGAAAUGAACACACACCAUUGAUGUGGACAGUACGUUGCACCAACAAUACAUCAAUGGUGGAAAUACUCAUCUCAUAUAGGAGUGAUGUUUGGGCGGAAGAUAGAUUGAAACAAAACAGUUAUCAUUUGGCUGCAGUAUAUGGUCGUCACACAAUAUUAGAUAUUUUAUGUCGACAUGAUGUAGCAAACAUCAACCGUGGAAAUGUUUUCCACCGCACACCAUUACAUUAUGCUGCAAUGCGUGGUCACAUCUCAUGUGUUGAUGUUUUGUUGCGUCAUGAAAAUAUUGAUGUGACGAUCAAAGAUAAAUAUGGAGACACAGCUUAUGAUUGUGCUGCAAGAUGGAAUGAACAAAACUGGGAAAUAAUAAGACGAAAAAUAAAAGAAUGCGAACAAAGAAGGAGGAGAUAAAUGUCCCAGGAAAUUAGUUUGAAAAAAUAACAUUCCAGUCACCAGAUGACGAACAAGUUUGCAGUUAAAUUUUUUAUUCUAUUUAUAUUAGUCAUUGCAUAUAUAUUAAUAUGUUAUACAUAUAUAUAUAUACUUAUUUGAAAUAUAUCUUUUUGUAUAUAUGUCUAUAAUAAAUUAUUGCAAAUAUAAAUCCAUGUGGUUUUUAGUUUUAUAUUAUUUAUUAUUUAAUAUAUAUAUAUUUAUACUUUAUUUAUAUUAGAACAAAUUUAUAGGAACAAUGAAGCUGGAAGUGGCUGAAAAAUAAGAACAAAGGGAAAGGCUGAAGUUUUAAAUUUGUGUUCUUAGCGCAAAAAAUGGCAAAUUACAGAAUAAAAUGAUUUUAAGCAGUUUAUCAGAUUGUGUCUGACAGAUUUAUCUGAUUUGAAAAAAUCUUUUUUGUCGUCACAAUCUGAAAAGUUGCAAAGUUUUAACUUUUUAGAUUUCAAACAGAAAUUUUAUUGAACUUUUAAAAGGGGAAAAAGGUCUAUGGAACAUAAAAACUCCGUUGUACAAAAACAAGGGGUGAGAAGGCGAAGGUAAUCGUCCGAAUUUGUGACAAAUUAGAAAUGAAACAAGGUCUUCUCUUUCCCUGUGUUCGUUGUUUUUGCCUUUCCAGUAAAACAGGUAUUUCGAUUGCGGCAGCCCUUUCGAAGUGAGAAGCCAUGUUAAAAAGAGAAAAAAAUAUUUGCGACA